AUGCUACCACCUACUAUCGACACGUCUGUCGGACGGGUCAUCUACUCUUCUACAUCUAAGUCUGCGGGGCCGUCCAACAUCGGCACGUCUCCGCGCGGGACACGGUCCCGUAGCUUGUCAACUGCGUCCACUUCAUCGUCAAUCUCACUCGUCACACCCGUCCCAUCCUCUGGCAAUGCAUCGUCUUCAUCCUUGGAACUCCCACACACGACUGAUUCGAGGGACGACUCGGCGGCUAUUCCUUCGGCAAGCGAACAGAGAAAAUACUAUUCUGAUGAAGAGGAUGAAGGAAUUUCGGACGUUUUUGUGCGUGCUCUCCAUGAUUUCGUCCCACAACAGCAGAAUGCUACGUGCCUAGCUUUUCGUGCGGGCGAGAUAAUUCGUGUUCUUAAUCGAGAUCCUAGUGGUUGGUGGGACGGAGAGAUUGAUGGCCGGAGAGGGUGGUUUCCAAGCAAUUAUGUUAGUCCGAUCAGCUUGGCUGAUCGGCCUGUGCCUCUGUCGAAGAAAACACAUGGCCGUUCUAUGUCGGACAUAUCCUUUGCGUCUCGGGCUAGUACAGCAAGUCCUAUGCAUCGACCGAAAUACGAUUCUGGAAGUGGAGAUUCGCUAGGACCUGCCAGCCAUGCACAUCCCUUGAUGGUUCCCUUGCUACAUAGUUUACAACUUCUUCAGAACACGACUCUCGUCCGACGAACGAGUCACUAUCAACCUGCAGUCGCAUGUAUUAUCCAGUGCAUACGGGCACUCCUGCAAUCAACGGAUUGUCUAGCACGUGGCGCACCUCUGCUCAUCCGAUUUCCCGUGAUAGCGCAACAGCGGAAGCGUGUUCUGGCUGAUCUAGCACUGCUUGUGACGCAGAGCAAGAAGGCGUCAUCCUUGGAGUUCCAAACUGAUGAGGAGCGAGAUCCGGAAGAGGAGCUUAUGCUCCGACUGGCCGGCCAAGUAUUUGCUCGUGUCCGACGUUUUCUCGCCGUUGUCGUACAGUGUGGCGUCGAUCUUCCUGAACGUAGCUUCGGGAACGCUAUUGGCACUUCCUCUUCGGAGACUGUGUAUGAUAAUUCGGUGGAACUUUACAAGGAUUCUGAGAAUGUGCAAAGGCAAUACGGUUUCCAAGCGGAUGACAAUUUAUACCUUUCGGAAGCAACACCGAAGUCUGCAGAUAUUGACCCAAAGCAGUACACGACGCGCCCGUCUACGGACUCGAAUUCAACAACACAGUCCCAUGCACGAUCGUCUCGCACGACCAGCGCUGUUAGCCUCCAUGGUUAUCAUGGGCGUCAAAUGUCGCUCAGUAGCUCCUCCAGUUUUUCAUCCUUUUCUUCUUUAGACUCUCCGGGUACGCCGCCGACGCCGCCAUUCCCCGAAGGUCCAUGUACAGCUAUGCAGGUCCAGCAAGCUUUGCGUUCGAUACAUGAUAGCCUGCUUUCCACUAUCGCUGCCUUUAUUGGACAUGUUCAUGCUCAUUCACGUACCGCUCAUGCUUCAAGUACUGGGCAUCUCUUUGCGCUCGUGCGCCAAAUAGUCGACGUUGUAUGUCGGCUAUUGACGAUUGUUGAUGCGGUUAUGUGCGUGGAGGCGAUACCGUGGAUGAAACGGGCUGCUCUUGAGACUGCGAAGGAGAACCUAUACCAGGUAGCUUGUGCACUUGCUGACGCUGUUCGGGAAAUGGCGACCAGCAUGUCGAUACCCCCGUCCGAAGAGGAGGAGGAACGCAGACACCUGCUCAAAGUCGCAACAGACGUAUUAAAAGCAGGAUCAGACUGUGUAUCUGCGAUUAAGACCUGUCUAGCCCGACCGCUUAAUGCACCUCCGUACGUCAUCGUACUUCCGCCUAUAUCGGAGUCCAAUACACCGUCCGUUGAAUCUUCUGAAAGGACCUUGCAUGAGCAAGAUGCCGCGCUCGCACGCUUUGCAACUGAAACUGACGAUUGGAAGGACGAUAAUGAUGAGGAGAAGCGCGCUUCAGUUGCGAGUGGUGGAACAGUUCUACCUCAGACCUUGGAGGAGCUUCAUGAACAAGUGCAGGUAGGAUACGCGACGACAACGCGGGAUUUCGAAUUUGACAACGAGGAUACCACGAUUCAAUCUUUGAAGCGGUCUUCGUCCGAUAGACGAUCACCUAAACUUGCAUAUGAUGAGGAAGAGUACCCGGUGGCUCCACUAGAUAUGCCUGGAAGGGAUCGCCAGUCCUUCAUAGCUGCGCUGAACAUGGACCUUUCUGGGACCAUCGAAGAAGAAACCAAAGAGGAGGAGGGUCGGAAUUCUUUUGAGAAAGACAUGCCUUCCCCUACAUCUCAAGCUCAUUCUAUCGCCCCUCCUUCGAGCGAGGAGGGUCAAAGAGGGAGUGUUCGGACGCAUAAAUCACUCGAAGAUAAACUGCUUAAUGGCGAAUUACCCUCAAUUCCACAAACGACUGAUGAUGAAGACAGCAAUAUCCCGCUGGCUUGGGCCUUGUCCCAUGACUAUGCGCCGCAAGAUGUCGCGUACAAUAGUGAGGGUCAGCUGGUCGGCGCGACAUUAGAAGCGCUUAUCGAAAAAAUGACUACCCAUGACCAGAUUCCGGAUGCUGGGUUCUCUGCAGUUUUCUUCCUGACUUUCAGGCUUUUCACGACUGCAUACGGCCUUGCUGAGGCAGUCAUCGCCAGAUUCAACCUCGCCCAGCCUAGUGGUUUAUCGGAUGCAGACGCCGCCUCGUGGUCUCAGCAAAAGCUUUUGCCAGUACGAUUGAGGGUGCAAAACCUUCUCAAGCUUUGGUUGGAGGUGCACUGGCGUGUUGGUGUGGAUGAUGAAGCUCUCCCUGUACUCCAGUCAUUUGUACGAGGGACAAUGGCGGAAGUCUUUGCUGGUCCCGCGCAGCGACUUGAUGAUCUGAUCUCAACCCGAAGUUCAAUGACCGAAGAUUCACCAAUCAGUCCACUUAGUGAACGUCAGCGUCUCAAUGAUCGAUUGCGUGAUGCUGGGAUUCCCCUGAAUCCCUCCAUUGUUCCUAGCUCCUCGUCUUCUGAAACCCCACGUACUGUUAUGACGAAGGCGUUGUUAGUAUCACUUCGUGCUCACAACUUUGAUUCAAUUGCUGUGACGGACUUCGAUGCGCUUGAACUCGCACGACAGAUGACGCUGGUAGAGAGUCGACUAUACUCUGCGAUCACAGCAGAAGAGAUGAUUGAGCUCGGGAGACCCGGCGCGCCGCCCGCGGUCAAUAUCAAGGCGGUCACCACUCUGAGUACAGCUAUUACCGGAUGGGUCUCAGAAUCUAUUCUUGGGGAACAAGAUGUGAAGAGACGCGCAACACUAAUGAAGUUUUUCAUCAAAGUUGCCGAUCGAUGUACGUCUCUGAAUAACUUCAGCACACCACGUUCUAUUCUUGCCGCACUGGACUCGUCGACCAUUUCUCGACUUCACCAAACGUGGUCGACUCUAGCGCAGAAGAGCAAAUUGCAGCUCGAGGUAUUACGGAAACUAGCGGAUCACGCGCGAAAUUACCACGAGUAUCGAACUCGACUUCGCAAUACCAAUCCGCCUGCAGUACCGUUCCUCGGUCUGUAUCUGACCGAUCUCACAUUUUGUCGGGAGGGUAACCCGUCGCACCGAGCUUCUCCGUUGGAGCCAAAUAAGAAGCUUUUGAAUUUCAACAAAUAUCACAAGCUAGCUCGCAUCGUGCAGGAUAUGCAGCGCUUCCAGGUGUCAUACAAUCUCAAAGACGUAGCUGAAGCGCAGCAGUAUCUCCACUUCUGUCUUGAUAAGACCAAAGACCACGGUGAUUUGGAUGAUCUGUAUCGGCGGAGUCAACUAUUGGAACCUAAACGUGCCGCAGAGGCUCCAGCUGCCAGUGAAUUGAAACCAUCGAUAUUUAGCUGGGGCAACCGCUCUCAGACUGCGUCACAACCGACCAUCGCGUGA